CCUAGAGGGGAAGGUUCAGGACCACAGAGCCCAGAGGACCAGCAGCAUCUGCCACAUUCACAAUGGCCAGGCCCUGUGCUCUCCUGACAUUCCUGGUGGUGAUGCACUUCUGGUCAAGCUGCUGUCUGGGAUGUGACCUGCCUCAGACUCAUCACCUCAGGAGCAAGAGAUUCUCCACAAUCCUGGCACAAAUGAGGAGACUCUCCCCUCUCUCCUGCCUCAAGGACAGAAUGGACUUUGCAUUCCCUCUGGAGAAGGUGGAUGCCCAGCAGAUCCAGAAGGCCCAAGCCAUCCCUGUCCUGCAGGAGCUGACCCAGCAGGUCCUAAUCCUCUUCAGCUCAAAGGACUCAUCUGCUGCUUGGGAGACAAGCCUCCUAGACACAUUCUGCACUGACCUCCACCACCAGCUCAAAGACCUGCAAGCCUGUCUGAUGGAGCAGGGUGGGGUGCAGGAACCUUCCCUGAGCCAGGAAGACUCCCUGGUGGCUGUGAGAAAUUACUUCCACAGGAUCACUCUCUACCUGAAGGAGAAGAAACACAGCCCCUGUGCCUGGGAAGUGGUCAGAGCAGAAGUCAGGAGAGCCCUGUCUUCCUCAGCCAAGCUGCUGGCAGGACUGACUGAGGAGAAGGAAUAAGUCCUGAGCCAAAGUGGAGAGGACUCUCCUGGACUAGGAUCCUGCACCUCACUGCUCAGAUUUGGCCUUCU